AUGUUUUCAAUUUCUUCAACAAUCGUAAUAACUAUUCCCCAUGGAAAGUUUGAAGAAAAUAAGUUGACAAUAAAGGCAUUUUAUUUUGAUGGGUCGCCCAAGAUGUUCUAA